GGCGGUUGUGCCAUAGUUGUACAUGUGUUUAGGUUGUUUAUAUGAAGUGAAAACGCAGAGGUGUUCCUUUCAUGAACAAGGCAAACCACUCUCCUACACAAAAUUAAAUGUAGGCACAUAGACUAUAUAUGUUGGGGAAAGUGUACUGAGGAACAUAAUGCCAGUUUGUGAAUACUCUCCAUGUGCGUGGUGGGCCUUCUGAGGGUUAACGUUACUUCCUCAGUAUGGGUGUUUGUCAGUGAGAGUGUGUCGUAGGGUUGAUGCGAAGCCAACACCUACUGUUGCGCGCUUUGUUAUCGUGCCGUCCCAUGCGAUGUUGGCAGCUGUUUGAGUUCUGCGAGAGAUUUAGGAAAGCAGUUUCAUGCAAACAUAUUUGAACACGAGAAAUGCAGUUACAGCUUUCCUGCCUUCUUGUCUUUGCGACUGACUGUCCGAAGAUACAAUGAGGGUUCAAAUGCCACGGCACAUCAUCGGCGUAUGGCCAGUGCGCUCUCAUAAGGCAGAAAAGGGUUUUCGUGCGCCAUGUUAAGAUAAGGACGAGAGGGUCAUUGUUGAAAAUGCUCAAGCGUCUGGACAAGAUCCGGUUCCGAGGGCAGAAGCGCGAUGAGUUCCUGGACCUGGCCGAGUCCCCCAACGCCUCGGACAGCGAGUGCAACGACGACCUGCCGCCCAUGCUGAUGAAGCCUCGGCACUCCAUCAAGGAAACCGACGACCUACGGGACCCUGCUUGCCAGGGUGUUCUCAGCAUGGCGGCAGCCAUCCAGGACUACCAGAGGACCGACUCGGACAGACUCAACGAGGUCAAGGGUCAUCUGGAGAUCGCCUUACUCGAGAAGCACUUCCUGCAGGAGGAGUUGCGGAAGCUGCGGGAAGAGACUAACAUCGAGACGAUCAAACUGGACCUGGAGAAGGAGCGCUCCAAAAGACUAGACCUGGAACAGAAGCUCAAUGAAGUGCUCAAGUCACGAGUGGAAGACUCGCCACCACAGCAGCCUCGAGCGCAGCCUCCAGUAGUGAACGGAACAGCAGCCGAGAAGCAAAGGGAAACGCGGUACUCUCGGCUGCUGAAGUGGCUUUAUGACCGUUUCGGAGUGUACAUCGAGGACUUCCGCUUCCAGCCUGAGGAGAACACGGAGGAGACGGAAGAACCAUUAAGUGCUAAACGGCUGACUGAGAACAUGCGGCGACUCAAGCGAGGUGCCAAGCCUGUGACUAACUUCAUGAGGAACCUCUCUGCCUUAUCCAGCUGGUACUCUGUCUACACAUCAGCGAUCGCCUUUAUUAUCUACAUGUAUGCUGCGUGGCAUGGCUGGGCCAUCCCAAUGUUUCUCUUCUUAGCUAUCCUGAGGUUGUCUCUGAACUACCUCAUUUCCAGGGGCUGGCGGAUACAGUGGAGCAUUGUGCCUGAAGUUUCAGAGCCUGUGGAACCACCAAAGGAAGACUUGAAUAUUUCAGAGAAGUUUCAGCUUGUUCUGGAUGUGGCCCAGAAAGCACAGAACCUUUUUGGGAAAAUGUCUGAUGUCUUGGAGAAGAUUAAGAAUCUCUUCAUGUGGGUGCAGCCAGAGAUUACUCAGAAGCUGUACGUGGGGCUGUGGGUGGCCUUCAUAACCUCCUGCCUGCUGCCCUACAAGCUCGUCGGCUUCAUCAUCGGUCUUUAUGCCGGCAUCAAGUUCUUCAUCAUCGACUUCAUCUUCAAGAGCUGUCCAAAGCUGCGGGACAAGUACGACACCCCGCACAUCGUCUGGACCCACCUGCCCACCGACCCUCAGCUGAAGGACCGCAGCAAUCUCAACCUCUCCAGGAGGCUCUCUGGGUUUCAGCAGGUGCAGCCUAUGGUGGCCAGAGGAGCCAUGGCAGCUAACGCGGCCUACAGCCUCAGCAGGGAGGAGGACGGAGGCCGCAUCUACAGCACCAAGAGGGGCCCCUUCCACGAGGUCUUCAACCUGGCCGAAACAGAGCGCCCCCUAGCAGUCUGUGAGAACGGGUGGCGGUGCUGUUUGAUCAACAGAGAUCGGAAGAUGCCGACUGACUACAUCCGCAAUGGAGUUCUGUACGUCACUGAAAAUUACCUCUGCUUCGAGAGCUCCAGCUCCAGAUCCAGCUCGUCCAAGAAGAAUAAAGUCUUCAAGCUGCUCGACAUCACAGAUAUCCAAAAGUACAAAGUGCUAUCAGUGUUGCCGGGAUCUGGGAUGGGAAUCUCCAUCGCCACUCCUUACACGCAGAAGCCUCUGGUAUUUGGUGCCAUGAUCCAUCGGGACGAGGCCUUUGAGGCUAUCUUCACCCAGUACAUGAAGAUUGUCACCACCCCAGGUGCCACCAUCCCUGAGCCCUACCCAUAGAGGCCACUCCUGCCUAAGGCCCGACUCACACCCUGCUGUGGCCUCUCUCCUAAACACUCCUGCUCCUACACUUAUGGAUCCACCCAGAUCUGCAGUCCACAACAGAGUACCCUUUUUCCCCCAACCUGAGGGCAGCAAGCAAGGCGUGGGCCUGGCCUUCAUCUGCAAGUGUGUGUGUAUGCGCGCGUGUGUGCGUGCGUGUGUCUGUGAGAGGGUGAAUGUAUGCGUCUCUCUCUCCUCCACUGGAUAGAGCACACACUGGGAAGACCGCCUGGAUUUCUUAAGUCUCCUCCAUUGCUGCGUGGAGAAUGGGUCCUUUUUUAAAAGAAAAAAAGACAAAACUUUCGUAUUUCAUCUAAGUGUACUGGGCUUUUAUUUUGGUAGAAGGAGAGGCCGGGAUGCAGGGUGUCUACGUGAUUUUUAAAAAUCAGGCAGUUAGUCUGUGUCUUAACAAUGCAAUGCCAUAACAGAAUAAGGGGGCUGGUUCCUCUUACGCUGUCUGUUGCCUCUACAUGUCUGUCUCUGUCUAUCUCGCUGCACUGAUGUUAUCUCAUGUAGGUUGUACUGUCUGCUGCAAUCUCUUGCCCCUGUGCCCUGUCCUAAUCUUAUGAGUGGAUGGUAGAAACCACCGCUAGCCUUGGCCUGGAUAAUGCACAUACAUAGCCUACACACACACACACGGCACUUUCUUUGUGGUUUGUGUUUCACAAGACAUGAGUAGGCGAGGUAUAAAUAUCUCUCUCCUUAUUACGCACAGCAUAUAGCUCUGUCUUGAGCCGAAGAACUGAAUGUAAAACGGCACACGUGUUUUAGAUUUAAAACCUCAAAACAUCUCCAGGAGAAAAGUGACAUGUAGUGACUACAUGCUGAUCCUAGGUCAGACACCGUUCUUCAUUUCUGGUCUCUGCACGCCAUUGAUACAAUUAUCCCUGUUCUCUGAACAGACGAAUGUCAUCCACUGCACCUGUAGAGCAUAGCACACUGACAGUGAUCUGUUAUUGAACCGCACUGUUUCAAAACUGCCAAAUCUGAAUUCCAGGCAUUACACAAGACACAGUCAUUUAUUUUACAGAAAAGCACAAGGUGUCUUGGAAUAUUAUCUGGCAUUUUGCAUAACCUGACUUGCUUAUGCCCCAAUAGGUUCCAGGGGAUAUCAGCUUAACACUGAGUGCGUUUAUACGAGUUCAGUAUCCCGAAUAUGAGUCUUAUCCCGAUUAUGAUCAACUUUGGGAUAGGGUGUUUAUAUGGAUACUGA